AUGGAGAAUACUUUUAGAAAAAAGAAAAUUCACAAGUGUGAUGUUUGUGAGAAAUGUUUCAGAGCGCCAUCAAUUCUUAAUGCUCACACGAGAGUUCAUACUGGAGAGAAACCCUACCAAUGUGAUGUUUGUAAAAAGUUUUUUUCGGUACAAAGUUCAUUAACUGCUCACAUGAGAGUUCAUACUGGAGAGAAACCCUACCAAUGUGAUGUUUGUAAAAAGUUUUUUUCUCGGUCAGAUAGCCUUAUUGGGCACAGGAGAAUGCACACUGGAGAGAAACCUUAUAAAUGUGAUGUUUGUAAAAAAGGUUUUAAAACAACAAGUUCACUCUCUGUUCACAUGAAAAUUCAUACUGGAGAAAAACCU